GGUGUAAUCUGAGUAUAUAUCAUAAUUACACUUUAUACCCCAGUUGAUGUGACCACUUAUGGUCGCAUGCUUCCAUACUUAUCUCAUGCCUUAGCGUCAUCCACGUGAUUUGCACGUGACUCCUCCUUCCCUUCUCUCUCCACAUAACCCCAAUUCACUUCCAUCUCCCACAACCAUUUUAUGCUAAAAUUUUCUGCGUAUUUUUGAGUUUUAGUGGAGAACGCCGCCCGGUCAACGAUCAUGAACCAGUCUCAGCUGCUGAACCGGAGUUACCAUCCUUGGCCACCACCUUUACCACCACCAAGACCCACAAUGGUACCCGAAAAUCAACAAAUUUUCCAAGUGUCACAAAGGCCUUGUUUUACGCCCGGGAGCGUAAACCGGAGUGAUUGGAAACUCCAAAACCUUUACAACUCCGAGUUUCAGAAACCCCACUGGUCGAACAAACCGCGCCGGUUUUUUCAGAAGAAGAAACAGAGAGAAAAUUAUCGUUUUACCCCUUUCACCCCGCACAACACGACAUCGUUCUUAAUCCGUGCAAAGAAAUCCGGCGGAAUCACCUCUUUGGUUUCCCCUUGUCCGGUAACUCCGGCUGUUCUACCGACGCCGAAGUUUUCUCCGGCAAGGGAGGUUUUAGCUGAUGUAGCAAAGGAAGAGUGGGGUGUAGACGGGUACGGGUCGAUGAACGGGCUGAUCCGGGUCCGAUCACCGGAGAAUGAACCAGAAGAAGAGGAUGAAGGAGAAGGGGUUAUUGUAUCUUGGGACAGUGAUGUGGAGCAAGUGGAGAAGAGGUUAAGCCAUGACUUGAGCCGUUUUGAGAUGAUAUAUGACCCGAGUAAUGGUGGGUCGGGUCGAGAUACGUAUGAUUUUGGUUACAGAGUUGACGACGUAGAGGAACAUAUCGAGAGAUUGGAGGAGGAAAACAUGGAGUUGAAGGAGAAAAUAUAUGUAAUGGAAAGGGAAUUAGAGGAAUUGCGGAAAAGGGUUCGGUAUUUGGAAGGUGAAGAUGAAAAUAGAGAUGGAAAUGAGUCGGAUAAUGAAGCUGGUUCUGAAAAGUGUAGGAGAUUGAGGUGGCCAUGAUGAAGAAGAAGAACAUCAUGAACUGGUUUCUUCUGGCUUCUGUAUAGUUUAGUUUUGUAUCUAAGAAGUGUAGAUCUUAGAUAUUAAUCUUCCUUCUUUUUGUUGUUAACUUUUAGUUGGUAGUAGUAAUCCUUUGAUCUGACCAAUAAAACUUGUUGAUUUUGAUCAA